AUGACCCAGCAGCUAGAGAUUGACGCCUUGGUUGUCGGCGCAGGUAUCGCAGGUAUUCUUUGUACCUACCGUUUAUCUCGCGCCCAGAUGACCAUCCAGUGCAUCGAUGUCGCUGGAGACGUCGGCGGUACCUGGUACUGGAACCGGUAUCCGGGUGCCAUGAGCGACACCGAAUCGUAUCUAUACCGCUACUCGUGGGACAAGGAGGACCUGCAGACAUAUCCAUGGAAUCGACACUACCUCUAUCAGCCCGAGAUUCUCGACUAUUUGCGCCAUGUGGUCGCCAAGCACGACCUGCGUAAAUACAUGCAAUUCAACACCGAAAUGACAUCUGCUACGUGGGACGAGCAUAGCAACCACUGGGUCAUAUCGUGUCAGCUCGAAACCCCAUCGGGCGAAGCAAAAAAGGUCACCUAUCGAGCUCGCUACCUCCUCACCUGCCUUGGUCUCCUCUCGCGGCCCAAGUACCCCGACAUCCCUGGUCUCAAGUCGUACGGUAAAGAGCUGGUUCAUAGUGCAAAGUGGAGCGAGGAGAUUAAUCUCGAUGGGAAGAUGGUCGGAAUCAUUGGCAACGGUUCGACGGGAAUACAAGUGAUGGCGGCAAUCGCCCCCAAGGUGGGCAAACUUGUGUCUUUCCAGCGCCACCCACAAUAUUCCGUCCCGAGCGGACAAGGGGUGAUUCCCGAGGGUUAUAGGGAGAAAAUCAACGCCGAUUACGAACGGAUCUGGCACCAGGUCAGGGCCUCGUCAAUCGCGUUUGGGGUGCCCGAGGUGACAUGCAAGACCAUGGAGGCGUCGCCCGAGGAGCGCCAGCAGAGAUUUCAGCAGGCCUGGGAUCUGGGCAACGGUUUCCGGUUCAUGUUCAGUACCUUUGGCGAUUUGACGACGGACCAAGCGGCCAACGAGGAGGCAUGCAAAUUUCUCCGCGCCAAGAUCCAGGAUAUCGUCAAGAACCCUCACAAAGCCAAGGCGCUCACACCUCGGGACCUCUACGCCCGGCGGCCAUUGUGUGACACCAAUUACUACAACAUUUUUAACCAAGAAAAUGUCGACAUUGUUGAUCUGCGCGAGCGGCCUAUUGAGUCCAUCGUGCCAGAGGGGAUUAAACUGGUCGAUGGGCAAGUAUUUCCCCUCGACGUCCUCAUUCUCGCAACAGGCUUCGACGCCGUCGAAGGCAAUUAUCUGCGCGUCAGCAUCCGCGGCCGGGAGGGCAAAUCAAUUGAGAAACAUUGGGAAGGUGGCCCGACUGCCUAUGCAGCGGUGGCCUGCGCGGGCUUCCCCAACAUGUUCAUGGUGUCUGGUCCGCAGGGCGCGUUUGCCAACUUCCCUAUCACGAUUGAGAGCGAGGCCGAGUUCAUCAUGGAGUGCAUUCUACACUCGGAGCGCGCGGCGGGCAGCCACGUCAUCGAGGUCUCUGCGGAAGCCGAGUGCGACUGGAAUCUGCUGUGCGAAGCACUUGUCCAAGACUCCCUGUUCAGGUCCACCGCGAGCUGGGAGUUUGGUUCCAACAUCGAGGGACGCAAGUCGAGCACUAAGUUUUAUUUCGGGGGACUGGGUGAAUAUCGGAAGUGGACACAGAAAGAGGUGCAGGAUGGCUUUCCUUCGUUUCGAGUGGUCUGA